CGCUCCGUCGACCCCGUGGUCUCCGCGCACCCGGGUCCCCGCGCCCCCCACUCGGGAGCCACUCCGCCGCGGCUGGGCUCGGGCAGGCUUGCGCUGCCAUGUCUGGGCACUGCCUGCUCGCGCCCAUCCCCGAGUCCUCGUCCGACGACCUCCUGCCCAAGGACAUCAAGCUGGCCGUGCUGGGCGCCGGCCGCGUGGGCAAGAGCGCAAUGAUCGUGCGCUUCCUGACCAAGAGAUUCAUUGGCGAUUAUGAGCCGAAUACAGGCAAGUUGUAUUCACGGCUCGUGUACGUAGAGGGGGACCAGCUGUCUUUGCAGAUUCAGGACACCCCCGGGGGCAUCCAGGUCCACGACACCCUGGGCCAGGUAGUUGAUCCACUGGCCAAGUGCGUUCAGUGGGCGGAGGGCUUCCUGCUGGUCUACUCCAUCACAGACUACGACAGCUACCAGUCCAUCCGCCCCCUGUACCAGCACAUCCGGAAGGUCCACCCCGACUCCAGGGUCCCCGUCGUCAUCGUGGGCAACAAGGGGGACCUGCUGUACGCCCGGCAGGUGCAAACGCAUGACGGCGUGCAACUAGCUCACGAGCUGGGCAGCCUGUUCCUGGAAAUCUCCACCAGCGAAAACUACGAGGACGUCUGUGAUGUGUUCCAGCAUCUCUGCAAGGAAGUCAGCAAACUGCACAGCGUCAGCGGGGAGAGGCGGAGAGCCUCCAUCCUUCCCCGGCCGCGCUCCCCCAACAUGCAGGACCUCAAGAGGCGCUUCAAGCAGGCUCUGUCUUCCAAAGUCAAAGCCCCCCCAGCGCUGGGGUGAACCCGGCUCAGCCAGACUCGCCUCCUUCAUAUGGUGCGUCUGUGCAGUGGAAAGACUGGGGGGAAUCUCCCUUUUUAAACAUACAAAGUUUAUUUUUAUAUAAACUACUGGUUUUCAAGGGUAUGUGUAUUUCUGAAAGUGCAAACAGUGAUUGCCUAAGAAGUUGGAUAGUUCUUUUUUGAUUAAAUGGAUUUUUUUUGUUUUGUUUUGUUUUGUUUUUUUACUGCAUCUGCUAGCCACUUUUCCAUUAAAGGCAAAAUGGCAACAUGG